CAACCAAUCAGCGUUUGCAAAGCGUCCUAAGCUGACGUCAGCCCGGUAACGUUGAACAACCGGUAGCUUAGAAGAAAGCCGUAUAUUCGCCAGUUCUUUGUACUUUUGUUCGCAAAUUCCCCCCUCAAACGUCUAAACAUCAUGCCUCUCGAUGUUAGGAGUAACAAUUGUGUCCCUUUGCCGCAAAGACCGCAAAUCUUCGUUGAGACAGUCAGGUGAUGAUCAAGUAUGCCCGAAGAGUUUCUGUAUUUGAUAUCUACAGGAAAGUGCCAAAAGAUCUUACCCAGCCAACAUACACAGGAGCUUUCAUAUCCAUCCUCUGCUGUGUAUUUAUUCUCUUCCUCUUCCUCUCUGAGCUGACGGGAUUCAUAGCCACUGAAAUUGUCAAUGAAUUGUAUGUGGAUGACCCUGAUAAAGACAGUGGUGGGAAGAUAGAUGUGAGUUUAAACAUCAGUUUGCCAAACUUGCACUGUGAUUUGGUGGGUUUGGACAUCCAAGAUGAAAUGGGCCGUCAUGAGGUUGGUCACAUAGACAACUCCAUGAAGAUUCCCCUGAACCAGGGCAGCGGCUGUCGCUUUGAGGGAGAGUUCACAAUUAACAAGGUACCAGGAAACUUCCACGUGUCAACACACAGUGCUACAGCGCAACCACAGAGCCCUGACAUGACCCACACCAUCCACAAGCUGGCUUUUGGGGAAAAGCUGCAGGUACAAAAAGUCCAAGGAGCCUUCAAUGCUUUAGGAGGGGCAGACAGGCUGUCAUCUAAUCCUCUGGCCUCACAUGACUACAUACUGAAGAUUGUGCCAACAGUAUAUGAAGACCUUUCAGGCAAACAGAGGUUCUCCUACCAGUACACAGUAGCCAACAAGGAAUAUGUUGCCUACAGCCACACAGGCAGGAUUAUCCCGGCAAUUUGGUUCAGAUAUGACCUCAGUCCGAUCACAGUCAAGUACACAGAAAGGAGACAGCCCUUCUACCGCUUCAUAACGACAAUUUGUGCCAUCAUUGGAGGAACCUUCACAGUCGCAGGAAUCAUCGACUCCUGUAUAUUUACUGCCUCGGAGGCCUGGAAGAAGAUCCAAAUAGGAAAAAUGUCUUGAAGAUUGCCUUCCUCCCUUCCUCUCAUCUUAUUUAUAAGUGCAAAGUUGGUAGCCUGUUAGCUAAAUCCAAUCCUGACUGAAAGCAACUUCCUUGUGGAGAUUAUAUUACCGUGACCAAUGAGAGGUCUCCUGCAUGUGAUCUAA